CAUCCUCACCUAUCACAUGCGAGCAGCCGUCUCAGCAAGGCUGCCUCUGUGCUUUGUACACCCUUCUGUGAAGUUCCAGCACAUGACACAUGGUCGCGACUCUCAGAAGCCGCGAAGAGCCUCUUUUUUGGUGCAGCGACACGGUCGAGCAUGAAAAGCUGUAAACAACGUCUGGAGACCUUUGCCCAUUGGCCUAAACCACAAAUCGACCCCAAGCGUUUAGCUAACGCUGGGUUUUAUUAUCUCCAAGAAGGUGACAAGGUGCGUUGUGCUUGGUGUAGAGGUGUGAUCGGAGAAUGGGAACCGUCGGAUGUGCCCUUCGAUGAGCACGCCAAGUUCUUCAAGACAUGCCCCUUCAUUCUAAACCCCCCAGCGUAUGCACUCGAGGGCGAAGAUGAGUGUGGUCAUCGGGACAUGUGCAGCUCGAGUCGGAAUGUCGCUCCUGGCACUUAUCCCGAAGGAGCGAUCCUUCAUUCGGCGCCGAAGCAACCGCACAUGGUGUCGCCCGGGGCCAGGCUGAGCACUUUCACGAAGAAUACGUGGCCCGCGAGUUCUAAGGUCCGGGCUGAAGACCUUGUUGAAGCUGGUUUCUUCUUUCUCGGAAUCCGAGACUUCACGAAGUGUUUCCAUUGUGAAGGUGGACUGUGCAAUUGGGAGGAGGGUGAUGACCCGUGGGUUGAACAUGCUCGGUGGUUCCCCGAAUGUCGCCUCGUUCAGUUGAGUAAAGGCGAGGCUUUCGUUGCGGAGUGCAGGAAGAUGCACCACCAAAUCAUGAAUGAGGCCGAUGUUCGAAGCCUCAGGAGUGCGGGGAGCAAAAAAUUAUUGAAGAAUCUUCGCAACGAGCUCGAAGUGUGUCUAUCGUCUCCCACUGUCGAGUUCUACCUAAAGGAAGGAAUCUCUGCAAAUGUCGUUCGUAGGACUCUCGAAAACAUCAUGGUUGAAAAGGGUCGCGGCUUCGAAAGCUUGCAGGAGAUGGUGCGGAUCCUGUCUCAGAAGCUUAAAGUCUCGAAAGCUCCCUCAACGCAGGAAGCGAAGCGUGAAGACAGCGAGAGGAAAGAAAUCCCCGAAAGGAUGCUCUGCGUGGUGUGUAUGGCCCAGGAACGUAGUAUACUCUUCCUGCCGUGUCGUCACCUGGUGACCUGCCCAUCGUGUGCUGCCAGCGUCUCCGAAUGCGUGUCAUGCAGAGAAGCAAUCGGGAGCUCAGUACGGACAUUCUAUUCGUAGUUUUGCGUUUGUGAGCUUUUCAGUAGAUCCAUUCUCAGAACGAAGCGGAAGAGUCAAUCUGGCCGUCGGUUCAGGCCGAAAACUUGUAAAUUUCUUGUUGCGUCGGCGUCUUUACACGUAUACAUAUAUUAGGUACAUUAUAUCAUAUACAUAUAUUAUAUAUAUAUUCCACAGAGAGUAAUAUAUU